UUUUGGAAAUCAUAUUUUUCAGGUGAUGUUUCAAGCGUUUUCAGGACUUUCCAUAUCCUGAAGAAGCACAACCUCAACUUUCUCUUCCAUACUUUUUAGCCUGUUCUCCACUUCUUUCUGUAAAUGCGUUAAAUUGGCAACCCUCCUCUCUUGUUGCAGCAGGUAAAAGUUUUGCAUAGUGAGAGUUCUAACGGGAGUGAGCAUUAUACGAAAGAAUUUUAAAAGCAAACAAGGCCAAAACAUGAAAUUAGAAAUAAAUUUUGGUUAUGCAUAUCUAUUCGUUCUGACAUUGCCCCUGCUGAUGAUAGCAUUCAUUUGGUAUUUGUGGACUGAAGGUAGUGCAGUUAUUGAUGCUGUUGGUGAGCAUUCGAGUGCUGACGUAAUCUUGGAAAUUGAUGAGUUUUCUGAAAGUGAAGAUGACAGUGAAGAAGAUAGUGAUGAAUAUUAUAUCGAAAGUGGCGACGUAUUUUUCAACGUCGAGAACCCAAACGAGUUCGAAUUGCCCGAGAUCCCGGAGCAGUUUGCAGCACAUCUGCAGCUUUAUAAAUUAACAUGUAGGCAGGGUUAAAAUCAAACUUUCGACGGAAUUUGUAUUAAUAAUUCUACUCACAAGGCGUUUUGUGCUGCCCAUUUCUCAUAAACAUACACGUAUGCAUACAAACAUACACAAAAAUGGGUACAGUAAGAAUCCUCUGCUCACAAUCUUUUGCAAAAACAAAAAAAAAACAAAAAAAAAAGACA